AUGUCCAAUUACACUGCCAAAAAUGCGCCUAUGAUGAAAGUUUCCUUCAAAUUCGAUGUCACCACCAACGGUUCGCACAACGGACUCCUCAUCACGACGGGUAUUCAAAAUGGAGUCAACAGUCGAAUUCAGCAUUUCGGAUUUGUUCAACCGCCUCAAAUCCAAGAACUUCAACAAAGUUUGGCUGGGUCGACGAUGAGUUUACCGGUAAGAUAAAAAAAUAAAAAAAAUUAGGAACAUUUUUAGCUUUUACUUUUCAAAAAGAGCUGAGAUUUUGGGCGAAAUUUGAAACAAUUUAAUUUUUUUUUUUUUUUUUUUUUUUUUUUGAAUACUGAUUUUUUAGAAACUUGAUACAAAUUAGUUUUUAUUUCCGCAAAAAACUAUUUUUUCCACGCAAAACAGCCAAAGAUAUGGUUGAAAAUAUUUUGAAAAUCCUUUAGAAUGCAAUUGCGGCCCGGCCCCAAUCCUCGUCCAUUGGCGAUGGCUAUGACGUCACCGAUUUCCGAGCCAGCUGCCGGACGCUUGACAAUAAAUUUGGCAGCACUACGACUGUAAUGGAGCCGCUGCCAAGGACCGUUUCGCAAAAUGCCGAUGAAUUUUUGAAGAAUUUGGACUUCAAAUUGAACACUUUUGAAAGGGUAAGGUCGAAAAAAAAUUUUUUUUUUGGUAUUUCUAUGGUCUUUUUUAUCAAAAAAAAUAGUUUUUUUAAAAUUUUUCGUUAAUUUUUUUUUCAAAAAUGAAUUUUUUUUUAUUUUUUCGAUUAUUUUUUCGCCAAAAAACUCCGAAAAUUUCUGCAUAACGCGAACCGCAAGCCUCAAUUAAACACCAAAAAAUUUUUCUUAUUUCCAGGGUACUCCUCGAGAAUAUGUCCUCAAAGAUUCGAAUACGACCACCACAACUGUUGAGGUGUUCCGAUCGGAAAACGACGGGCAAACCGACUUUUAUCAGCUUCCGCCAGCCCCUGGAGAUGAUCAAAAAAGGUUCACCUACGUACCGGCGAAAGGACCUCCGUACGAAAAAUUUAGCACGUAAGUCAAUGCGAGAGAAUUUCCAGCUUAGCUCAGAAAAAGACCGAUUUUUAGGCCGAAAUUUUACAAAAGAUGCGACACUUUUUUGCGAAUUUAGGCAUGAAAAGUUUCAUUUUUAUUUCUACCGUAGAGGGUAAUGUUUACACAAAAAAUCAUUUUUUUCCGCGCGAAACUGGCCAAGAUAUGACCAAAAAGUGGGAUUUUUCUCUGACCGCUCUCCGCGUUUUGCUUACUCUCUCGGCCGAAAACAUUGUUGAUAUCUCGGCCGGAGAGAGAGUACAAAAAAAAAUGAGAACGGACGGCUAGACGGGAAAACGUUUUUUUUCCGAUUUUUUUUGUUCAAUAACUAGGAGACGAGUGAUUUUUAAUUAUUUUAACGGCAUUUUCAAAAAAAAAUUUUUUUUUUUUUUUUUUUAUUUUUUACCCAUAUUUUCCAGAACCGAAACCAAAUUUGCCCCCAGGCCUGCGCGCAGUGUCAGCCCCACUAAAACCGUGCAGUGGAAUGAGAACCCAGAGGUUUUCGAGAUGAACUCCAAUUACAGUGAACGGUCGACGGAAAAGAGGAUUCGAGCCGAAGAAGAGGUCACAAGGACAAUUUCUCCGACAGUGUGAGUUAUUUUGAUUAACUUUGACACUUUUACUUUUGUUUCUGGCCAAUAUCUUUGAGAUUUUUUUGGGUUAGAAGGAGGCAAAAAAUAUGAUAUUUUUUUUUGAUUUUUGGCUCGAAUAUAUAAAUACAGGGAGUUUUCGGCCAAAAUAACAUUUUUCGUCUGUCCGUCAGGCCGACUCUCCUCAUUUUGCAUGCUCUCUCGCGAAAAGAUCAUUCCCAAGGGAAGUCCCCAAAAGUGCGACGUUCAGAUUUUGAUUAAACUCGGCACAUACUUAGAAUAAUUUUUUCUAAAAUAUAUGCGAGAAUCCUAGCUCGCGCUCUGCAGAAACGACCGAGUUUUUAAAUCGAAAUAUGGAAAAAAAAUUACAAUUUUUUUUUCAAAUUUUGACAUGAAAAUUUUUGUGUGUGUUUCUACUGUAGAGUGUGAUGUUUCCACAAAAAAUCUAUUUUUUCCGCCCGAAAUUAACAAAGAUACGGCCAAAAAGUGAGAAUUUUCUCUGACGGCUCUCCGCAUUUCGCGUACUCUCUCGGCCGCAAACUUUCUCGGCUCUCACUGCAAAGAGCGAGCUAAAACUUUCAGAAAUUGAUAUGUGGCCUAUGUCUAAUGUAUGUGAAAGAUUUAAAGAAAAUCUGAGCGUCGCACUUGGGGUACCUUAUAAGGAAAAGUCAAAAAUUUUUGGAUUUUUUUCGAUUUUUUUUUACUGAAUUUUUGUUUUUUAGCCCCUACACUGUCCAAUCCCCAGCGCCCACCAUCACUUCUCCGAUCGAAAUUCAGCGAACCACAGCGAAAAACGACGCAAUUUCAACAAUUACCACCCCCAUUCCAUCCACCACCACUCCCAUUUCAUCGAUGGCGUAUGCCGAAAUCUCCCGGCCUAAGCCCGCGCCCAGAGCAGUGGAUAUGCUCGAACCGGCGACCAAUUUGAAUACCGAACGAAAUCGAGCAGUUGGCUUCGAUGAGGAUGGAUACGCCUACUUGACGCGAGGAAGCCAAACAAACCUCUCCGACCUGUACGCCCCCAUUUUACAGUACUCGGGCGAUGUGAAACCGGCCGAGUCGGUGGGCAGAGGCGUUGAUGGGGAUGUGAAUAGAGCUGAUGGAGGCUAUGUCACGCCGAGAGGAGCCCGGGGCUAUGGCGAUGCGAGGUAAGGCCGAAAUUCGGUAAAAAGUGUCAAAUUUUCGUCGAUUUUCGGUUUACAAAUCUCGGCUGUUUCCGCAAAGCACGAGCCCGGAUCGUCGUAUAUAUUUUGGAAAAAAUUGUUUAAAUUUAAGCUAAUUUUCAUCAAAAUCUGAGCGUCGCAUUUGGGGUACUUCCCUUGUAAACCAGAAAGCGAAAACAAUUUUGCGAUUGGAGUACUUGUCUUGUUGGCGGACCGUUUUUAUCAACAGACCUUUUUUACGCGGCCCUUUUUGUUCCCAACGCCACUAUUCUCGUUGCAGAGCCAGCAGCAGUCGCGCUGACUCGCGUGGUUAUACAACGCAGCCACCAACUUAUCAAUCUACCCGUCCACGUGAUUCUCGACCCUAUCAGACUCCAUCUCAGCCGGCAAGAGAUUCGCGAGGCUAUCAAGGGAGUACAACAUCUCUAACUGACCCCAGAGGCCGCAGAACUCCUUCAGUUCCAGUUGGCAGUCGGAAUUACCGGCCUCAAGUCGACACUCGAGGCAACACAUUGCCCAGUCGAAGUCCUCAAGGGUCGAGGGCAUAUAAUCCUGAUCAAUAUCCGAACUACUUCAACCAAAACCCGGAUUGGCGCGGAUACGUGGCUCGAACGCCAAGCCGAGAGAGUCUGGUGAAUCGAGGCACGGACCCGGUCGACCAACGACAGCCACGGUCGUUGCAUCGAACAAGACGAACAACCUCGGCCAGUCCUGAUUAUACACGGCCUAAUUUGGUGUACUCGCCGAAUCCGAAUACGGGCAGGCAAAGUCGAAGUACACAGAGAAGCGGGAGGAGUUAUAGAAGUUCGCGGGAUGAGAGCGAUAUCCUCAGGCAAUGGGAAAGAGAACUGUCGAGAUCGCCGAGCCCGUGGAGGUAAGAGAAGGGCAUAGCAAACAAAUUUAGAGGCCGGGAGAGACAUAUACCGAAAUGAACCUCCGUAUAGCAAAAGUCUUUCAUAACGAACGAAAUUUUUGGUGUCUUGCGAUUCGUUCUACCAGAGGUUCGACUGUGGAUCUCUGUGCAAGGAGUUUAGCGAGCCCUAGGGAGUACUUCUAGCCAUGUACAGUGGCGGACCUGAUCCAGUUGCAAAAAACGUACAAUUUCGAAUCCGGGAAGUACUAGUCGGGACAAAAAGUCCUGAUAAUUUUGCACUGUGCGGAUUUGAACGUUUUGGGUUGUCGCUGCAAAAAUCGCGAAAAAAAGUGUUUUGCACGGUGCAUUUGACCCGAAAAGUGCAUUUGCACAGUGCAUUUUGUUUGUUUUUGCCUUAUUGUCGCGCGCGAUUCCCAUUUUUCGAAGCGACAAAUCGUUUUUUCAGAGUGCGACAGAAACCGCGCAAAAUCCGCACGGUGCAAAAUUAUCAGGACUUUUUGUCCCGACUAGUAUCAAAAAAUUUAGCAAAAUGCCUCCCUCUGUGACUAAAAAAACUCCGUCUUGAAGGGCGCGCCUUUCCCUCACAAAAAAGACCCUAUUGAAAACGGAGUUUUUCACUUGGAGAGGGACUUUGCUACAUGUUUUGAUACUUCCCGGAUGCGAAAUGGUACGUUUCUUGCCACUGGAUCAGGUGCGCCACUGUAUAUGGUUAGAGGUAUACUCCCUAGGGCGCGUUUAGAAAUUUUGGGCGCUGCAAAGUCUUCGCCGCCCAAAGAAUCCAGAAAAUCCGGCAUCAUUGUAAAAGUUUUUAGUCUUGAAUUUUUUUUGUGGGCACUCUAGAAAAGUACUCCUAGCCAUAUAUAUACAGCCGUUGUUUAUGCCACUGGCCCACUUUAAAUGCGUGUCAUUAUGACACAUUUUUUGGACAGACACAUAUUUUGAAGUCUCGACACAGCGGACCCAAAUUGACUUAUAAAGACAUAUAACGACUUAUUUGAACAGGUAAUGACUUAUAAGUCAAAAUAACGUCAAAAAAGGAGGGGCUUAUUUCUCUUUACUUAUAAAAACAAAUAAGAACUUAUAAUAACAUAUAAGUCACUUGCAAAGAAAACUUUUGAGCGCCAAAUACGCUUUUUGCUUAUUGCACGCGUGAGCUGGACUUAGAAAUUCUAAAUUUUUGGAACGUCGUAACGUGUUUCUACCUGAUCGAUCAAAGUAAGAUGCUUUUAAUCUGCCUUUUUUUGUUUUGCAAGAGUUUAGAGUGUUUAGAUGAAAAGUCCCGAACGUAAUAGCCUUCCCGUGCAGGGAGCAUGCCAGCCUGAAGAAGAUCCAUCCCCAGAAGAUGUAUAAACAUGCACGAUCAACCAACGGAUUGCUAAAGGAUCCAUUUGCUCAAUUUUGGUAGGUGUUUUUUAACUGUUUUCCACAUUUCAGAGGUCUCGAAAAAACUUCAAGACAAAGUUUUGUUAUAUUGUACUAGGUCCAGGUGAACCCGUUGGGUUUUAGAUAACUACAAAAAUGGUCAUGGAGGAAUCCAAUGGACAAUGUAUACACGAUGAAUAGAAAGAUGACAUCCGGUAGCUUCAGGUAUGGUUGAUAACAUUCACCUGGACCUAGUACAAUAUCGCAAAUUUCAUGUCUAAAAAUUUUUCCGCCAGAAACCUUUUAGGCAGUUCAAAUUCAUCUGUUUUACUGUUAGUAUGUAACGCAUAAAAAAUUGAGUUUAAGCCGAACUCAUAUUAUAGUUUCCCGAAAAAAACUUUUUUCUAAUAUCUCCAAAUAUUUUCAGUGAAACCAGAAGCAUUAGAAGCAAUAAUAUACAUCUACGGCCGCCUACAGAAGCGACGAACGCCCCAUCAAAAAAUCUCAGGUCCUUCGUGCAUUGAAGUCUUAUUCUACUUGUGCCGCUUAAUUGUUUGAGUUAUUGAUUGAAAUAAAUGUUCAUUUUUUGCACGGUGCGGUUAUAAAUAAAAUGACUUAUAAAAACAUAUAUGAAAUUAUAAGUCAAUUCAACAAGAGCGCACAGAGAACCCUUAUAAAAUCAUAUAUGAACAUAUAAGUCAUUUAAAAUGACUUAUAAGAACAGAUAAUGACUUAUAAAAAAAUCAUUUCAUUAUAAGUCAUUAUAUGUUUUUAUAAGUCAAUUUGGGUCCGCUGUGGAGCGAUAUAUGCCAUGUAGAGGCAGCUAGUUUCUUUGACAGACAGCCUAAUUUCGCCUUUUCAGACGAGACGGAGCCAGAGGGCGCUCAAUCUCCCAAGAGCCGUAUCACUUGUACGAAACCCGUGAUUGCUUGGGACGCGUUGUGGGAAAACUAUAA